AUGGCGGAGAUGCGAAACUUCCACGUGCUAGGCGCCGACGAUGGUUUGCCCAGAGGCGAAGACGAAACUUCAAGCCGGGGUAUCGAGUUCUCGGUCAUGUUGUACUACAUGGGAUGGGGAGAGUUCCCCAAUGAACACAAGAAUGGAUAUUGGGCCACCGCGUCGGAUGGCACACCAGCGGCGAGACCCAAGGGCAUGAUGCCGAAGGAUUAUCCGAUUCACUCCACGUCAACGGGUCGACUUCUUCGUGAUGAGAGGAGGCAGACGGAGUUAGACAAGCGGGAAGAAGAGUACGAGAUUUUGACAGCGGAAGCACGGAAGGCGCCUGAUCUGCCUGGAUAA